UCGCGAAUUUCUGAUAUUCCCGCGCUCAUCAAGCAAAACAAACGUGGCUAACUAGCUAGCGUUAGCUCUUCUUAUACUUCUUAAAUAUAUAUAUUUUUUUUUUACAAAUGACAACUGUACAUAAAUCUAUAUGGAGGUUGAAACGUUUUGGACGUUUUUUGCCUGGGACCAAAGAAGACGGCGGUAAUCCAUGGAAGAUGUUUGAGCACAGUGAAAGCGCGGGUGAAUUGGUGCUCACCAUUGUGGAAUCCGGUCAUAUGUUGGUGUCCCAAGGUCACGAUCUUCUGGAUGGGUUUUCCUUGCUUGAUGCUCCAAGCUUCCUCAAAGUUCAGCAGAAAUCAGAUACCCUGCUGUUCCGUCUGACUGUUAAGGGGGAAAGCCGUCUGAUCAGGAUGCAGUUCAGCGGCAGCAGAGCUGAGGCCCUGGAGGAGUGUAGCAGUGCAGUACUCAGCCUGAAGGAGUACCUGCCUGUCACCACACAGGGGGGGCCACCACCACCACUCAGCUGCCCCCCAACAUCCAAUCAGCCCCCUACCAAGACCACUGCACAGGAUCAACAGGCGAGUGCUGGGGAGGCUAUGGCUACUGAACCUGAGGUCGUCCAGGGCUCUUUAUCCAUCAAACGUCUUACCCAGCACUUCCUGGGCGAGCAUGGUCUGUCCUUGCCCCUGGUGUACCGCCACAGUGAUCUGUUCCGUGGGGAGCUGGAGCCCUUCCUCCGCCUGUGUCUCUUGGACCCCAGCUUCCCUGCCUUGGUGGAGGAAAUGGAAGGGGAGCUGAAGAGAGUGCUCCAGGACUGAGGAGCUGAAGCUCAUCAACACAAACAGCCAGAGGGAGACAGGUCAACUCACUACACAUGUGGGUGGGAGGUGGGUUGUGGAAGAGUCGGGGGAUGUGUUGUUCUUCAUGCUGCUGAUUGUGUAAAUGUGUGCUGGAACAUAGUGACCAUUGUGUUGUAGGAGGAUAUUUAUAGCAGGACAAAUGUUGUGAUUUCUAGAAAGGAUUUUCGAGGCAAAAAAACUAAAUGUAUUUUGGAGCCUUUUAUUUUCAAAAAUGUAUUGGUCUCGUAUGUUAUUGGUCUGAUGUUUUAUCGUGGCUAGAGAUACCGUAGCUCCUUCCAUUCCCACCCUAAUGUAGGUCCAUUUGCACUGCAAUACACAUGGAUACACUGUAUUUAUAGGACAGGAGUCAUGCAGCUACAGCAGUGCAUUUUGCUAUACCAGCUUCCAAGUGAUCCCACAAUAUUAAAGCUUCACUGAGAAAAACAAACUGCCCCCAAUAUAUCUAUAUAUGAAUACAUAUUGCAUAGGAUAAUAGCCAUGCUGUACAAUUUCAGAAAAAUAA